GUUUUAGAAGGCAUGCUCAAGGGAUGAGGUGAAUGUGUCUCGCUCUGAAACACCAUGGGAAGAUAUUGUGGUGAUUGCCCAAUAUCACCCACACUGCCAAGGUCGUGAUGAACCAAUGCUGUCCUUAUUCUUUGAAUGAAUAAGGUGCCUGGUAUUGGAUCGUAGAGCAAAAGGCACCGCUUUGGCUUGUCAAAAUGGCACCCAGGGAAGAAGACACAGUGAAUGAAAAUGGAAGCAUAAAAUCCUUUGCUGGCCUAGCAAAGCAUGAUACUGUUUGUGAUGCAGAGGGCUUGGAGCUGAAAGAGAUAAGUAAAAGUCCAAAAAAUGAUGCACCCCCACCAGUGGCAUACUGGCAACUGUUUCGGUACGCUGACCGCACCGACCGCGCGCUGGUGGCGGGCGGUCUGGUGUGUGCCGUCCUCUCGUCGAUCUGUCUGCCAGCCAUGGUGGUUCUACUCGGCCUUCUCACGAACGCGUUUGUCGGCUUCCACGCGGCGGCGGCGCUAAACGACACGGCACCGGAGGCCCUUUCCAACCGCACGGUGUCCCGUCCGCUGGAGCUGCUGGUGCCGGACGGCGCCGCGCCGGAGACGUUCUCCCAGCACGUGUGGGUGUUUCUGGUCGGCAGCUGCGUGGCCGGCUCAUUACAGGCGACCUUCGGGGCCCUGUUCGUGUUCUGCCUGGACUUUUCGUCGGCCAGACAAGUGAAGCGGAUCCGAGGGCUGUUCCUGCAGGCAGUACUGAGACAGGAGAUCAGCUGGUUCGAGACUAACGGCGCCGGAGACUUCGCCACCAGGGCUACAGAAGACCUGGCCAAGGUGCAGGCGGGCAUUGACGACAAGCUGGGCAUCUUUGUGUUCAUGGUGUCGGUGUUCGUCAUCUCGAUGUGUAACGCCUUCUACCACGGCUGGAGGCUGACGCUGGUCAUCCUGACGGCCGUACCCGUCCUGGUGGCCAUACUGGCCGCCAUCGCAAAGGCCCAGUCGACGCUGAUGCAGCGGGCGACGGCCGGCUACAGCCGAGCGGGAGACGUGGCCGCCGAGAUCAUAUCGGCCAUCCGCACAGUGGUGGCCUUCGGUGGACAGCAAAAGGAGGUGGACAGGUACUCUGGGUGUCUGCUGGCCGCCCGCCGCUGGUGGCUGCUGAACUCUGCGCUGACGGGCCUCGGUGCCGGUCUGGCCUGGUGUGUGGUGUUCGCCUGCUACUCGCUGGCGUUCUGGUACGGCACGGCCCUGGUACUGGACGGCGAGUACGACCCCGCGUCGCUGACCAUAGUAUUUUUCAGUGUGGUGAUGGGCGCCAUCCAGCUGGGACAGUCAGCGCUGCACCUCUCCUCGUUCAGCGAGGCGCGCGGCGCGGCCGCCUCCAUAUUCGCCGUCAUAGAGCGCCGCUCCCAGAUUGACCCUCUGGGUGAGUCGGGUGAGACGCCGCCGACGGUGGCCGGGAGACUCGAGUUCCGCGACGUGCGCUUUAGCUACCCCAGCCGGCCGGACGUUCAGGUGUUGGACAGUCUGAAUCUAACCAUCCCGGCCGGCCAGACUGUGGCGCUGGUCGGGCCGUCCGGCUGCGGCAAAUCCACCUGUGUUCAGCUGCUGCAGAGACUGUACGACCCCGACCACGGACAGGUUCUGUUGGACGGUCGGCGGGUCAGUGACCUGCGCGUCUCGUGGCUGCGCGGUGUUCUGUUGGACGGUCGGCGGGUCAGUGACCUGCGCGUCUCGUGGCUGCGCGGUCAGCUAGCCGUCGUGUCCCAGGAGCCCGUCCUGUUCCCCGUCUCCAUCCGGGAGAACAUCAGAUACGGCCGUCCGGGCUGUUCGGAGGCCGAGCUGGAGCGGGCGGCCCGCACCGCCCAGGCGUGGCCGUUCAUCAGCGCCCUGCCGGCCGGGCUGGACACGACGGUGGGCGGGCGCGGCGGCCAGCUGUCGGGCGGCCAGCGCCAGAGGGUGGCGCUGGCGCGCGCGCUGCUGGCCGACCCGGCCGUGCUGCUACUGGAUGAGGCCACGUCGGCACUGGAUACGGCCACAGAGGCGCGACUGCUCACCGCACUGGCUGAGGAGCGUUCGGGCCGCACCACGCUGGUGGUGGCGCACCGCCUGUCCACGGUGCGCGCCGCCGACUCGAUCGUGGUGCUGCGGGAGGGCCGGGUGGCAGAGCGCGGCUCCCACCAGCAGCUGAUGGACCGACGGGGACUCUACCACCGGCUGGUCAGCGCGCAGGCCCUGGCCGACGACGCUACAGCUCCACCGGACGGCGUGGACCCGUCGCCGGAGCCGCCGCGCCGCCGCCGCCGGCCGGCCAGCCGCACCGUCUCCAUCAGUUCUGAGCCGGCCGAGGACGAGCAGCCGGCCAGUCUAGCAGAGGUGGUGGGCCAGGUGGCCGCUACUGGACUCGGACGGGCCCACGGCUCAGUGCGGAGGAGGUCACUGCGGAGACGGAGUGUGGCGGUCCCCGCCGAGGGCGAGCCCGUGUACCCAGCCGUUUCGAUGUGGCGUCUGGUCCGUCUCAGCGGGCCCGAGUGGCCGUUCGUCCUGCUCGGAGUGCUGGCCUCGGCAGUCUGCGGCUGCGCCAUCCCCGUCUACGCCCUGUUCUUCGGAGACGUGCUGGCGAAUCUGGCAGAGUCCGAUCGGCAACUGGCACAAGAAAAGGCCGACUUCUACUCAGUGGUCUUCCUAAUGGUCGGCCUGGGACUCGGCACAGCUAUGUUUCUCCAGAGCGCCAUGUUCGGUAUCGCCGGCCUGCGUCUGACCGCCCGGCUGCGGCGCCUCACCAUGGCUGCCAUAUUACGCCAGGAGAUGGCCUUCUUUGACGACCCGGUUAACUCGGUGGGCGCACUGUGCUCCCGUCUGGCCACCGAUUCGUCCAACAUUCACGGGGCGUGCGGUCCGCGUCUGGGCACGGUGGCGCAGGCGGUCUCCACGCUGGCCUUCUCUGUCACGGUGGCCGCCUACCUGAGCUGGCGGCUGGCGCUGGUACUGGCGCCGUUUGUGCCGCUGGUACUGGUAGCCUGCUACCUACAGACGGCGCUCACCACCGGACAGCAGCUCACCCAGAUGGCCGCUGUAGAUAGUGGCAGUGGGACGGUGGUCGAAGCUUUGCGCAAUAUCCGCACGGUGGCAGCACUGCGCCUGGAGCGCACGCUGCACUCCCAGUACGUGGACACUCUGGAGAAGGCGUUUGGAGUCUACUACCGGAUAUCGGUCAUCAGAGGACUGGCGUUCGGGUUCGCCAACGCGGUGCCGUUUUUCGCGUACGCUGCCACCAUGGGCUACGGCGGCCGGCUGGUGGGUGACGGAGAGCUGCCCUUCCAAAACGUCUUCAAAGUCGGUGAGUCGCUGAUCCUCGGUACGAUGAUGGUCGGCCAGGCGGUGGCGUUCGCGCCCAGUUUCCAGAACGCCAAGCUGUCAGCGGCCCGGGUGUUUGCCCUGCUGGACCGGAAAACUGCCAUCGAGGCGUCGCCCAGUGCCGGACUCAAACUGCCGCACGUUGACGGUCAAAUGGCCGUACAAGAUGUCACCUUCAGCUACCCGUCCCGGCCAGCGGCACCUGUGCUCCGAAAUAUGAACUUCAGCUUCCCGCCGGGCCGCACCGUGGCGCUAGUGGGCGCCUCGGGCUGCGGCAAGUCGACCGUGCUGCAGCUGCUGCUGCGGUUCUACGAGCCCGACUCGGGCGCCGUGACCCUGGACGGCCACGAGCUGGGCUCUCUGAACGUGCCGUGGCUCCGCUCCCACCUGGCUCUGGUGGCUCAGCAGCCGGAGCUGUUUGACCGCACCAUCGCCGAGAACAUCGCAUAUGGAGACAACAGCCGGGAGGUGGCUAUGGGUGAGAUAAUCGAGGCGGCCCGGGCGGCCAACCUGCACGACUUCAUCACUGCGCUGCCGGCGGGAUACGAGACCCGGCUGGGGGUCUCCUCUAGUACACAGCUCUCUGGCGGCCAGAAGCAGCGCGUGGCGAUCGCGCGCGCCCUGCUCCGCCGGCCGGCCGUCCUCCUGCUGGACGAGGCCACCUCUGCCCUGGACGCGCAGAGCGAGCGCUGCGUACAGUCGGCGCUCGACUCGGCCGGCCGCGGACGAACCUGUGUGGUGGUGGCGCACCGACUGAGCGCCGUACAGGGAGCCGACUGUAUCGCUGUGCUGCACCGGGGCAGGGUGGCCGAGACGGGCACCCACAGACAGCUGAUGGCGGCCAGGGGGCUGUACUAUCAGCUAUACAGGGCGCAACUCUGACACAGAUGAAUCUACUGCCAGUUGUAAAUGGCUCAACUGAGACAACGAAGACUACAGGGCGCAGGUUGUGGCCCCUGUGGGUUCAAGUAUCCCCUGAUGCUGUGGCGGCUGUACAGAGCGCAUCUAUGUAUGACCAUGCAAGCAACAUGACAGCUGUCAGCUGUGAUUCCGCAGGUUCUACCAGCAGCCUACGACGCUGUGGACUCCAUUGGCCUUUGCAUAGGGCUAGAUAUAGCGCCGCGAAUCCUGCCCAAAGAUGGCCCAUUUGAAAGAGACUCUAGUAAGAGAUCAAACUCGGCAGAGUUCAAAGUCGGGUGUCAGGUGUUCUGACGCUAUGCAGACGGAAAGGUUCUUUCAUUUUCUGAAAUCUACCUGCCUUGGCCAGAGUUUCCCCAAGUUCUAGGGAACUGCCUCAUUAUGACUAGGGUUUUGAAAUGGUACCACGCACUUUCUGUAAGAAUUAUUAGUUUUAUAUAAACAUUUUAUGCAUAACUGUCACAUACCUUGGAUGAAGACGUAUGGACACGUCGAUGUAUUGUUUAACAGUAUUUAUUUUAUACGAGCGUUUUACGGCGAUUGUAAAUUAUUUUUGGUGUGCUUUGUUAUCAGUAGUAUUAUUUAGGGGCCAGUAGAAACUUAGCAUUUAUAUUUUUCUUUCACUGUCUUGCAACUGCCUUCUUUACACGGGUUUAGACGUUUUGAGAGAAUAGCACUGUUAUGACUUGAGGAGACUUCUGAAUAUCAUGUCUUAGUUAAGUCUGACUGAAUAUUAAGUCCGGCAUGAUGGGUUGUGCGCGCGACUUCCCCAGAGAAAACUCGCUGUUCUGUUCGUAUGACAGGGGCCCGGCUACCGCGGGCUAUCAGGGGCCAAAACAGGUACCGGUGUUACAAAUAUUGCCAUUAGACUAGAGAUACCACUACAGAGAUGCCGCAUGUUUCCUAGUGUUGUUUCAGGUUGAAUGCCGAUUUUCCGUGCGGAUUGUCCCCGUGGGAACUAUUGCAAAGCGAGUGAUUUGGCGUUGUUUCAUGAUUGAGUGUCGUAUCAUGCUGCCUUUCUACACACAGGCUGCCGCAAGUUACCAGUAUUUCUGAUCGGUUUGCCUGUUUUGUAACAAAGUGUUUGAGGUGCAAGAUAGCUUAUUUGAAUGUUUAGAACUUAUGAUCAAUAUGUAGUGUGCGAGGGCGUGAGUGUAAUAUUUACAGGACAUUCAGGUGCUUGAUUCCAUGACAGCGCAAAAGCAUGUUUCCGUCCUAGUUUGGCCGCUGUCAGAGCAUGUUUCCGUCAUUGUUGACAAGUUAAAACAUCACUGUCAUGGAACAUGAAAUGGAAAUACAAUUAGGCAUGGGU